GCCUGUCCCUCCCGCCGGCGCUCCGCGAAGCCUUUGUCGGGGCCCGCAGUAUAAAACACCCCCGCCGGCAGCAGGGCCGGACCGGCAAAAAGCCCAGGGAGCUGGCGGGCAGCCCCCUCCCCGCCCGCAGCCCCUAGGCUCCCCGAGAAGCGCCGCCACAGGCCGCCGGGCCGGGUCGAGCCCCGACUCCCGGGCUCGCUCCGGCGGCGGGCCGGGCUCCUCCUCCCGCCUCCUCCUCCCCCCGCCCCGCCGGCUUCCCAGGCUCCUCUCCGGGUAAACAGCGAUGGCCGCCGAGGAAGGAGGUGGCGAGCCCCAUAACAACAUGGGGAACCACCUACAGCUGGUGCCCGAGAGCGAGGAAGAGGAUGACAAUGAAAUGGAAGUUGAAGAUCAAGAUAGUAAAGAAGCUGAAAAGCCAAACGUCAUUAAUUUUGAUACCAGUUUGCCAACAUCACAUGUGUAUUUAGGUUCUGAUAUGGAAGAGUUUCAUGGAAGAACGGUGCAUGAUGAUGACAGCUGUCAGGUGAUUCCAGUGUUGCCCCACGUGAUGGUGAUGUUGAUUCCUGGACAGACGUUACCUCUUCAGCUUUUUCGCCCUCAAGAGGUUAGCAUGGUGCGGAAUUUAAUUCAGAAAGACAGAACGUUUGCUGUUCUUGCAUACAGUAACAUACGUGAAAGGGAAGCACAUUUUGGAACAACAGCAGAAAUAUAUGCCUACAGAGAAGAGCAGGAAUAUGGAAUUGAAACGGUCAAAGUGAAAGCAAUAGGAAGACAGAGGUUCAAGGUGCUUGAAAUAAGAACCCAGUCAGAUGGAAUCCAGCAGGCUAAAGUACAGAUCCUUCCUGAGCGAGUGCUGCCUUCAACGAUGUCAGCAGUACAGCUGCAGUCUCUCAGCCGAUGCCAUAUAUUUCCUUCUUCGAAACCUACAUCGUGGCAGGACCGAGCUAUACGUCAAUGGUGGCAGAAAUAUCAAAAGAGGAAGUUCCACUGUGCAAGUUUGACAUCUUGGCCUCCCUGGCUCUACUCUCUAUAUGAUGCUGAAACCUUGAUGGAAAGAGUCAAGAGGCAGCUACAUGAAUGGGAUGAAAAUCUUAAAGAUGAAUCUCUUCCAACAAACCCAAUAGAUUUUUCUUACAGAGUUGCUGCUUGCCUGCCAAUUGACGAUGCAUUACGUAUACAGUUGCUUAAAAUAGGUAGUGCUGUUCAGCGACUCCGGUGUGAAUUAGAUAUUAUGAACAAAUGUACAUCUCUUUGUUGUAAGCAAUGCCAAGAUACAGAAAUAACUACCAAGAAUGAAAUAUUCAGUUUAUCCUUAUGUGGACCCAUGGCAGCAUACGUGAAUCCGCAUGGGUACAUCCAUGAAACCCUUACUGUAUAUAAAGCCUGCAACUUGAAUCUCAAUGGACGGCCAUCAACAGAGCACAGCUGGUUUCCUGGGUAUGCCUGGACUGUAGCCCAGUGCAGAAUCUGUGGGAACCAUAUGGGAUGGAAGUUCACAGCUACCAAAAAGGAUAUGUCGCCUCAGAAAUUCUGGGGAUUGACGCGGUCUGCUCUCCUGCCUCGGAUUCCAGAAGCAGAGGACGACUCAGGCCAUGAUAGAUCACCGUUACUCUGCCUGUAAUCUCUAGUACCCUGCUUUGGAGAUGAACAGACGGUCGUCUGUCUCUUAAGUGCAUCUGCUCAGUUCUGCUUCUGAUGCUCACGUAAACUUCAAAAACCCCAAGAACCCACACACAAAAACCAACCAAACAAGCCGGCUCGCUCCAUUUGGGUUUGGUGCGCAUCCAUAUUACUGUUGUUUCAGACACGCUGAGAACUGCAGGUUGAAUCUUUAAAUGUCAACUGAGGAGAGGAGGUGGCGUGAGACACCGAGAAAUCGAUCUGAGCCAUCUGGGCAGGCUUGAGACUGAACUUUCUCCUUCCUUGUAUAAUUUCAGAAAAUGUUUACUGCUAACAACUUGCAGUGAGAGAAGGUAGGGGGAAACAAAUCGCAAAUAAACAGAGUAUAAUUUAUGCAAUGUAUGUAUGAUGGUAGAUACCAGUUACUUGCUGGGGAGUAUCUUCCAUAAUAUAUUUCAAAGUGGUUUUGCUGAGAAUCCCUGUUUCUAACUACGCGGAGUACUUCACACUUUAUGCUCGUGCUGUUUCUCAGAUAUUUGCUGAAUAACCAUUGAAGAGAGUACAAGGUGAAGUCUCUCUCCUGGCCGAUACUGUGUUGGUAAUGGCAGUGGCAGAGUUGUAACCGGCAGAUCAAGAGCAUCCUGCUACCUGCAGCCACAACAACUGCAUUACAGGAUGCCCUUUGAAAGGAACCCAUGUGAAGUAUUUGGUCCUUACAAGUUGUCUCAUCUAUUUGAUCUAUGUGACUUUUGAAGUCUUAAAUUUUAAACUAUUUAUACAAAAUUUACAACUCAGUCCCAGAACAUAAACUAUGUUGUCAUUUGCUGUUGAAUGUGCUUAUAUUUACUUUUCAAUAUUAUCUCUGUGAAGAUUAGUUUACCAGCAUACAUGUCCAGGGUUGUGUGAAGUACUUUCUCAAAUACGUAACUAUGGCCGUUUUUCAGUAGUACUUAUUUUGACAAGGGGGAGGCAGCACCUCUUUAGUUUUUUUUCUUUUACACUUUCAUAUCAUAAAGUAAAAUUUCACAUUAUCACCCUUACCUUGCAAAGAGCGAAAGUUCCUAAAUAAAACAGAAAUAAGAGGCAGUGUUUUUUUUUUUUUUUUUGUCUGAAGUGCUGUCUAUGCUACAGAACUCGGCUGCCAAAAUGGGGCAGCUUUUGCCACUGAUUUAUUGGGGUUUUUUCCCCUCAGAACGCACCUUGGUGAUGGAAACUGAAGAUUUCUCCAGUAUGUGUACUUUCUUUUGAAGCUUUAUCAUUCACUCUUUAUUUCUUCACGGUAAAGCUUUGAGAACUUGUAUUGUUAAAUAUAAUGACACAAACCUAGUUACGAUUUAGGGCAUGGGUGGCUCCGUGCUCACGCCCCAUCACGCCCCAGGCCGAGCAGCCGUUGCAUGGAGAGGUGAGUUCAGGGAGAGGCCAGGGCAGAGCCUCUGCCAGGAGCUGAUCUCAAUGGGAGUGUGGUACCUGCUACCGCGCAGCCGAAACGUACCCUGGUGUGAGAAGACGCUGAGCGGCUGUCCGGGUAGUUUAUUGUGCUAGUUAUGUAGAAACUAAUGAUUGUGUAACUCAGGUUUAGUUCUGUGAAGCCUUCUACCUCUGUGCUUCUGUGAUAACUUUUGUUCUCUCCAUAGGCGUCUUUAAUACCGCAUUUAAUUUCCUGUGCAGUGCUCUGACUUGCCAGUGAACUGUGAAAAGCAAUACUUGGUUGAAUAUCAUUCUGAACAAAUAGAGGGUGAAUGAUGGCUCAUUUUCUUCAAGAAAACAUUCUGUGUUUUGAUUAUGUUUCUGUAAGAAGCUUUCAAAAGGCUGAAAUGAUAAGCACUAGUGUGAGAGUGAGACUGUGAAACCUCUGUACGUGGCUAACCACUGAAACUGUACUUGGUUUUCCCCUCCCGCCCUGCACAUACACACACGUGUGUACACACAAACACACACACACGCCUCUUAGCUGUAGACAUGGUUUAUUUUUUCCCUCCAAGCUAUCUAGUAUCUCUUGUUGCCAUUACCCUCAGCAGGGCUUGUGGGUGGCAAGAAGUUUGAGGGGGCUUUAAAAGGCCCUUCUGCUGCCAUUCUAUGUAACAUCCACUGAGGGAAGGGUGAGUGAGGAUUUCCAAAUGAUUGUUUUCUCAGCUAUCGCUGAACUUCAUAAGCUCGUUGGGUUUUUGGCCAGAUCUUUUGGAUUGCUUCAACUAAAAAUGGCAUUAUGUUGGCAACGUUUGAAUACAAAAUAGGCAUAUUUUUGGUAUUGUGUAUGUAUAGUCAAAUGUAAACUAAUAUAAUCGAGUGAGAUAAGUCAGGAGUAAAUUUAGCGCUAAUUUAAUUUUAUUGUUGAUGAUGCCGUUCCAUCUGCUUAACCUUCUGUGUAAUGUUUGCCGUUUCAAAAUCCGUGACACUUUCCAGGUUGAAAACAAGUGUGAUUGGGGUUGCUGCGAAUAAGCUGAGUCCUCCCAGCGCAGCUGGCCCUUACGGUGCUACGUGUGUGAGAGUGCUCACAGCGUCCAGCGCGGGACUGACGGCGGGACUGGGGAGUCGUGGGUGGUUCUAGACAGUGGUUAACAUUUUCUAUGCUGCUUUUCUCCUUCUUGGAGAGAAAACUAUACUAGAUUGGAAUUGGGGAAGAUUAUUACUGACAAAUACAGACAUAAUAUGCUUUUGAGAACUAAGUACAAAGGAAAUCACAUGUUAUGGUAAUUUCCUAUACAUUUACUACAUUCAUUGGUUGGCAUGUAGCUUCAUGCGUUAAUUAAUGUGAUUGAUUGACUUGCUGGCUGCUGCCAAAAGGGAUCAUUUUUCUCUUCUCCCCCACCGUAAUCUCCAUCCUUUUCACGGAGCUGUAGGAAUUCGGCAGCCGUGGGGGUUGGUGUCCUGGCUGCGCAGCCACAUCCCCAUCGGGGCUGCCAGCGGGAGGAGGGACAAACAGCGGUGUGUAGGGACAGAAGAGGGACUGCCCUGCGCGGCAGCAGGUCUCGGCUGGGCUGGAGGACGUGCAGCACAAAACCGCUCAUUUUUCAAGCCGUCGUUGCAAUAGCGUAAAGACAUCAUACAAUCGGAGCCUGUAAUAUCGCAAGUUUUCGUCUAUUUUUGUUUAGUUUUGAUGAAUAGGUAGAAUCACAUAGGACACUUGCACACUUGGUCUAAAACAUGUUCCAAAUAGUCGACUGCUUGUUUUUUAAUAAUGCUAUUUUUGUAUGUGCUGCAGUUCAUUCUGUUCCUGUCAUUGGUUUUUCACCUUUGUUUAAUUGCUUUGUAAAAGCUGCAGAAAGGGUAGCACGUUCUCCGCUUCAACUCUUCCUCUGUCUGUCUUUUGAGACAACUUUUCAGAAAAAAAUCUUGUUGCUUGCAAACAUUUGCAAAGAAUAAAAUUCAAU